UAAGUGACAACCUGGAGAUUGCAUGUCGACAAACGACGUCGUACUAACCCACCUGAUCUCCCCCGCGCGUUAUACUCUGAAGCCCGCUCCCAUCUGUUUCGAAACAACCAAUACCAUUGACUCUCUUCCACCACUUGCCCGUCUCAGCGCGUGGCGUAACGAUAUCAGACAUACAAUUCUAUUUUGUCUGUACUUAAUGUUAAAAUUAUUUGUCGGUUUUGGUUUAAUCUUCCGUUCCGUUUCUUCUUGAUUUAAAUAGCGUGGGAAUUGAAGAGAGGGAAAAAAAAGCUAAAGCAAAGAUAAAGUUGUCUGUACCAUCUUUCUUUUUAGUUCUAAUUCAAAACCUUUUUUAUUUUUUUUUGGUUCAAUCAGAUAAAGCAAUGGGAUUGUGGGAAGCGUUCCUCAAUUGGCUUCGAAGUCUCUUUUUUAAGCAAGAAAUGGAGCUAUCCUUGAUAGGCCUUCAAAAUGCUGGAAAAACAUCUCUUGUGAAUGUUAUAGCUACUGGAGGAUACAGUGAAGACAUGAUCCCAACGGUAGGAUUUAAUAUGAGGAAAGUGACUAAGGGAAAUGUAACAAUAAAGUUGUGGGAUUUAGGAGGUCAACCAAGGUUUCGCAGUAUGUGGGAGCGAUACUGUCGCGCUGUUUCAGCUAUUGUUUAUGUCAUCGAUGCUGCUGAUUAUGAGAACUUGCAUGUCUCAAAAAGUGAACUCCAUGAUUUGUUAAGUAAGCCCUCACUAAAUGACAUCCCAUUACUGGUUCUGGGAAACAAGAUUGAUAAACCAGAAGCCUUGUCCAAAGAGGAUCUGACGGAGCAAAUGGGACUGAAGUCUAUUACUGGUAGAGAAGUUUGCUGCUACAUGAUUUCGUGUAAGAACUCUUCAAACAUUGAUUCAGUUAUUGAUUGGCUGGUAAAGCAUUCAAAAUAUAAAAAUUGAGUGAUCAGCUCCUGUAGCUUUGAGCUUGUGUUGGCUUCAUUUAACCGACUGAUCAGAGUAGUGAAAGUGACUUAAGUUGUUUGCCUAAUCAAAGGUUUAUUAAUGUGUGAGCGUUGUCUUAAUUUUUGUCUAGUCGGCUUCAUUCAUAUAUUUCAUUAUUUGGGUUGGCAUUAGAAAUUGGGAAACAGUAUAGAUGUUGGUGUGAAUUGCGUUGUAAACUUGCUAUUUGAGCUGCGUUUUCAAUGAAAUAAUGGUUCUAAUGCAUUUA